UCUUAACAGUGUUACAACUAGUUCAGUCACAUCACACAUCCAAACAUGUCGAAGAAACUGUGCUUGUUGUUCCUAAUAACCCUUGGUAUCAUCUGCACUUUCGUCAUCUCCAAGAACCUAACUUCGGACCAAACCCCCACCAAACACCACACCUUCCGCCAAAUCCUCCAAGCCCCCAGCGACCCCCUUGACAAACCCUUCUCCCUCCCGCCCGCCAAAAACACCACCGGCAACAUCCCCAGCGUGUUCUUCACCCCCAAGGCGCCAAAACCAACCAAACUCAACACAACGUGUGCGAAAUUCCCCGACUUGUUCGACCUCCAAUUCCGGAACGACCACUGGCAGCUCCAGAAAACAUCCACCGGGUCGUUGUUCCUCUUCAACGCGUAUUUUGACCGUCGUGGGGGCGACUUCGUGCGCAUUAUCACCAUGUUCACCCAACACCCGCCAGAAACCCAAUUCUGGUGCCAAUUCUGGUACCAGAACUCCACAAAACCGGUGAUUGUGGAAAGUGAGGCCCCUUUUUGGCUGUUUUCCCGCAAAUGGGGGGCCGACCGGGGCCAGUUCGUGCACCCUUACUUGAUCAAGUGUCCCGUGAAAGGGGCCCCUUUCGGGGUGUCCCUCGUGGAAAAACCGUGUGAUAACGCGAGCAAUGUUUUGCAAAUUUUUGGCAAAGAAACAGUGGUGAAAAAAAAUUUCGUGGUGUGUGUCAAAGGUUUGAAUUUCCCGUUUGAAGACAAGUCGCUACGUUUGGUCGAAUGGAUCGAACUUUUGCAAAUACUGGGGGUUGAAAAAAUCAACUUUUACGAGUUUCGGGUGCACCCCAACACGAAACGGUUGCUGGAUUAUUACGAGGAUCGGGGGCUGGUUGAGGUGACGCCCAUUUCGCUGUUGGAGAACUUCUCCAAUAAUCCCCCCCUUCAAUCACUGUUCCUGCACAAGAAGGUGAUUGAGCGGCGCUUGCAGGAGGUGAUCCCCUACAAUGAUUGUCUCUACAAGCACUUGGACGAGUUCAAGUUUGUCGUGCUUUUGGACACUGAUGAGGUGAUAAUUCCGGUUGAAGAAACGUGGCUUCAGUUGAUCCAGACUUUGGAGGAAAAUCAACCGAAUCGGAGCUCGUAUAUGGCGCGAAAUGUCUAUUUCCUGGACAAUAACUUGCACCAACAUGAGUGGUUUAAGGACGUGCCGCAGCACAUGCACAUGUUGCAACACGUCAUACGUGCGAGAAAUUACACCAAGCCGGGGCAUUUCGUUAAGGGGUUUCAUGAUACGCGGAAAGUUGAGGCUUUGCAUAACCAUUUUCCGCUCAAGUGUUUGAAAGGUUGCGACCACGUUUCGAUCAAUGUCAGUCUGGCGCAUCUUCAGCAUUAUCGGACUGGGUGUGCUAGGGGGGUUAGUUCAAAGACUUGUGACCAGAUGAGGGAUGAUACAGUGAUGGAUACGAGAAUUUGGAAUUUUAAGCAAGAGUUGAUAAGGAGGGUGGAUAGGGUUAGCACGAAUUUAGGGUUGUUGUGAAGUUACUGUGAUAGUAGUUUAGUUAUUUAUUUUGUAUGCAAAUAAAGAAAAAGGACUGUGAAUUGUGUUUGUAGAUAAAAAAUAAUAAUAAUUACCCGCUUAUUGUUAAAGAAA